AUGUCAUAUUCACGAAACAUCUUAUUCUUCACCAACAGCGAGCUGGGUCAAGCCAACGUGGCCCUCGCAGUAGUAGAAGAAUUCCUCCAACGCAACGAAUUUUCAGUCCACAUCGCCUCCUUCAGCCAUGUAGCACCACUGGUAACAGAAUUAAACAAGAAGGUCCCCUGUCCCGAGCCAGCGAAAUUUCACGAAAUAUACGGGCCAUGUAUGGAAGACCUUGCGAUCCGCACUAAUGUCGGCUUGAUACACCAUAAGCCGGGGAUUGCGGGCACAGUGGACGGCUUCCAGAAAGUCCGGACAAUAAUGUCUAGCUGGACGUCUUCCGAAUACGGAAGGGCAUACCGGAGCUGCGUUGAUAUUUUGAAUGAGCUUAAACCUGCAGUGGUGGUUGUUGAUCCGAUACUGCAUGUUGGCUUGAAUGCGUGUCGGAGCGUUGGGUCUCGUGUUGCUGUUUUGUGGCCCGUCCCACUUAAGGACGUUGUGAUCUUGAAUCAGCCCAAUGCGGAAUUCUUAUGGAAAUAUCCUAUGACUGGGUCGGGGUAUUCAUAUCCAUUAUCAUGGAGGUUGAUACUUCCGAAUAUGUAUCUCGUGCUCCGUGCAGCUAUGGCUAUGACCACGAGAAACCCUUCGUCAGAGACUGAAGAAUUAGGGAAAGACCACCAGGGGAUGAGUCCGUUUCCCUUGACGAAUGCCUAUCAAAGGGACUCACUGCAUUUGACACCAGCAUUUAGGGAAAUGGAUUUCCCCUUGCAUGUACCACAUAAUGUUGUUAGUUGCGGGCCGAUACUCCGUUUCCAUCAGUCACUUUUGGAAAAGGAUCCUGAGAUGGCGACAUGGCUUAUAAAGCCGACUAUUCUCAUAAGCCUCGGGUCACAUGUUAAGCCCACAGAGGAUGUUGCUAUUCAAAUGGCAAAGGCCAUCCAAACCAUACUCGACGAUCACGCUGACCAUCAAGUAUUGUGGAAACUACGAUACGAAUGGAAGACUUCAGACGCAUUUCAAAAGGUUCUUGAGACAUUCAUUGAUUCGGGAUCUGUGAGACUAGUGCCUUGGAUCCAGGCGGAUAUCAUUGCUGUCCUCGAAACUGGCAAGAUCGCGGCAUAUGUUCAUCAUGGAGGCGCAAAUUCAUACUUUGAAGCAUGCAAGGUGGGUGCCCCCCAAGUCAUUAUUCCGCAGUGGCUCGACACAUACGACUGUGCAACGCGAGUCGAGUGGCUAGGUAUAGGAGUCCACGGAAGUCGAAAGGCAGCUCCCGGGAUCGACGCAGAGGAGUUUUCGCACGCGCUAGAGACAGUAUUGGGCGACAAGAAUAUUCAUGCCAAAGCUGCUGCUAUGCGGGAUAUUUGUAAGACGACGGAGGGACGGGUCCUGGCGCACGAUAGGAUUGCGGAUUUCGCUCUUUGA